CGAGCGGCUGCUUUAUCACAUAGUACACGCUGUUGUGUAUGUAAAGACACUGUGAUACCGCAGUAGAUAUUAAACUAACCUGGUAUUUGCAGGUUAUGGCGGGUAGGAAGAGAAAGCUGCAGACAGAAACGCUCAGCAGCCGCUUGAAAGCUAAAGUUGCCCUCCUGGGGCAGAAGGAGCCCCCUGUUGCCCCUGUGGGGGGCAACGCUGCUCCAGGUGAGGCCGCGGGGGACCCUCACCUCAGACUGGGGCAGGACUUCUUCAACCAACCCUGCAUCACUUUAGCUAAAGCAUUUCUUGGAAAGGUGUUGGUCCGGCGGUGUGUGGAUGGCACUGAGCUGAGGGGGAGAAUCGUGGAAACCGAGGCGUACCUCGGCGGGGAGGACAAGGCCUCCCACUCAGCCGGAGGGAAACGCACUGAGAGGAACACUGCCAUGUUUAUGAAGCCAGGCACCAUCUACGUGUAUCCCAUCUACGGCAUUUACCUCUGCAUGAACGUGUCCAGUGAAGGGGAGGGAGCUGCCGUGCUGCUGCGCUCGCUGGAGCCCCUGCAGGGUCAGCCCGUCAUGAGGCAGCUGAGGGCGGCCAGACGCAAAGAGGGGUCCCCCCAGCUGAAGGACAAGCAGCUCUGCAACGGCCCGUCCAAACUGUGCCAGGCGCUGGACAUACCCCGCCGCUUCGACCGGCGAGACCUGGCCUCGGAUCCCGAGGUGUGGCUGGAGACGGACCCGGACGCAGGGCCGGCCGGACCCCGGGACGUGGUGUCGGCGCCGCGCGUCGGGAUCGAGUCCCACGGAGAGUGGGCGAAGAAGCCGUGGCGCUUCUACCUUCGCGGGCAUCCCUGCGUCAGCGUCGUGAACAAAGAGGCAGAGAAACAGUCUGGAAAUGAAAUGAAGGACACUGGACGGCAAAACGUCCAAAGUACUGAAACCACUCCGUGUUGUGGGAACAUCGUUUAGUUACAUAAACAACAAACAUGAAAUGAAGGCCAUUAUUGGAUCACAUUUGCAUAAUUUGGAGGGUUUCUAGGAACUCGGAUUUAGGAAAAAACUCCAUGUCUGACUGAAAUCCAACUGUUUUAUGUCUCUCUUCCAAAUUGUGAGCUGCAGUUUAUUUAAAGAAACACUGAAAUUCUGAGCCAAGCUGCACUUGAAAGAAAACCAUCAGCAUUUAAAACCGCUCCACCGAGAUGCAUUUAUUAGUACCUCACAUGAUAAAAUUCAGGACUGUAUCUCUUCAUGCUAGUUUGUGUUUUUUCACCCGUAUUUUUUAUUAAACAUUCACACUGGG